GGCGGGGCCGGGCCCUCCCGGAAGGCGCUCGGGGUUGCGGUUCCGGCCAUGGAAGCCCUGUGGCGGCUGCGGCGGUUCGAUGCCUUCCCCAAAACCCUGGAGGACUUUCGGGUCAAGACGUGCGGGGGCGCCCUGGUGACCGUGGUCAGCGCGCUCUUCAUGGUGCUGCUCUUCUUCUCCGAGCUGCAGUACUACCUGGCCAAGGAGGUCCAUCCAGAAUUGUACGUUGACAAAUCAAGGGGAGACAAACUGAAGAUCAAUUUGGAUGUUAUUUUUCCACAUAUGCCUUGUGCUUAUUUGAGCAUCGAUGCCAUGGAUGUGGCAGGAGAGCAGCAGCUGGAUGUGGAGCACAAUCUGUAUAAGCAGCGCUUGGAUAAAGCUGGCAACCGUGUGACUCCAGAGGCCGAGAGACACGAGCUGGGGAAAGAAGAAGAAAAAGUGUUUGAUCCAAGUUCUUUGGAUGCUGAUCGCUGCGAGAGCUGUUACGGGGCAGAGUCAGAGGACAUUCGGUGUUGUAACACUUGUGAUGAUGUCAGAGAAGCGUACAGGCGGCGAGGCUGGGCCUUCAAGAACCCAGACAGCAUUGAGCAGUGCAAGAGGGAAGGGUUUAGCCAGAAAAUGCAAGAGCAGAAGAAUGAGGGCUGCCAAGUGUAUGGGUUCCUAGAGGUCAACAAGGUAGCUGGGAAUUUCCACUUUGCACCAGGAAAAAGUUUCCAGCAGUCUCAUGUCCAUGUGCACGCUGUUGAGAUUCACGAUCUACAGAGCUUUGGACUUGAUAAUAUCAACAUGACGCAUUAUAUCAAACAUCUCUCAUUUGGAAGGGAUUAUCCAGGCAUUGUGAACCCUCUGGAUGGGACGGAUGUCACUGCACAACAAGGUUCCAUGAUGUUUCAGUAUUUUGUCAAAGUGGUCCCUACAGUGUACAUGAAAGUCGAUGGUGAGGUGGUGAGGACCAACCAGUUUUCAGUCACUCGCCAUGAGAAGAUAGCCAAUGGGCUACUGGGAGACCAGGGGCUGCCUGGUGUGUUUGUGCUCUAUGAACUUUCACCCAUGAUGGUGAAACUGACAGAGAAACACAGGUCCUUUACACACUUUCUCACUGGAGUUUGUGCCAUCGUUGGAGGUAUAUUUACAGUUGCAGGGUUCAUUGACUCCUUGAUCUAUCACUCAGCACGGGCCAUCCAGAAGAAAAUUGAGCUUGGGAAGACAAGAUAAAUAAGCAACGACCUCACCCUUCACCCCAAAUAAAAACUCUAAGGAAAACUAUACAGGUUUUUUGAAACACAAGUGAUCUUUGAGUGCACAAAAGAAGAGGUUUGGAAUUACCAUAUGGCCCUGCCCACUCCUAUGUUACUGUCUUGUCGUUCUUCGUUUGGCAUCAAUUUGUGGACAGAACUGCUUGGACUUUGCUGCUGGAAGGAUUGGCCACCUUGUCUGGCUCUGCAGACCCUACUGGAAAACCCUGCCGCGUCAGACGUGUUCAUCCAGUUCUGCCCUGCUCCUUGAAGGGGAAGCUGGAGAUGCUGUUUGCCUCCAGGAAUAAUGUACUGUGUUGUCAUCCGUCCUGGAAUGGAGUGAGGUCACCAUCAAUUAAGCUUUUCAGAAACACCAUCUUGCUUUUUAAAUGUUUCUUAAAACUCUUUUCUUAAGAAUGUUCUCUAAAAAAUGUUCUUUAUACCAGGCCUCCAUGAAAAUGUGCUGAAUCCCAUCCACUUGCCUUCCACUGCCCUGGGCCCUGCGGUGUGGAGCAUUGCAGUUGCUCCAGAUUGCUCUGCUUACGAAAGGCACGAGUUGAUGUUUCAGCAAAAAGAAAAUGUGUAAAAAUUUAAAAAAUUUUAAUUGAUUUUUAAAUUGGAUUGGGUUUUUCACUUCCCCUCUGUUCACAGUUUGAAAUAAAGUCUGUUGCCUGGGUGUUUUAGUAAAGCAUGUGGAAGAAUAAUUAAAUUAUUUGACCUAAUCCUGGUACUGAAUUGGGAAUUAUUAAAAACCACAACUACAGUGUGGCAAAGGACAUAGGUGGCGUGGCGGGGUUUUCUCAGUGAUCUACACAAGUGAAGUGCUCAGUAUGGGAAAUUAUAGUGGGAGAAAUGUGAAAAUAAUGAGGAAAAAUAAAAUAUUAUGGAUUCCUGCUAAUUUUGAGGCAAACUAGACUCACUCUUAAAUCUCUGGAUUUCCUUCCAUAUUGACUCUAAACUCCAAGCAAUUGGUGCAGCAGUGCACCGGGAGGAUGAGGGGCACAGGGUCAGGUAGCACAAAGUUGGUUUAGAAGCCAGUGGAAAAUUGGGUUUGUUUGUGUUUUUGCUUUGUUUGUUUUGCUUUUUUUUUUUUUUAUUAAUUGCACUUAUCCACAAAUCGGGGAAUAUAAAAAAAUCUGUGGUUUGUUCUAUCAGGAGAGAAGCGAUUUGAGGUGUGGGCAGGGCGACCAAUCCAUCUCCAAGCUAAAAUACUGAAGAAAAUGGGGUUGUAAAACAAAAAAAUACAUUUGAAACAAGGAUCUUUAAUAAAUCCAUUGUCUCAGGGUCAUACAGUGCUGCUACAAUGGGAGGAAGGGACCACGGUAUCUAUGUUUUAUCAGGAAGCUGAAUAGCUUCAACACUCAGCAGAGCACACAGCUUGGUAGGUCAGUGGAAGGAUGCUCAGAGGGGGGAGAUGAAUGGAAAUAGUGCAGCAGGAGCUUAACCCCCACUUUAACAACGCCCAGCUACUUUGUCUUUGGGAAGACAACCCCUUGUCUUUGGUAAGGGAGCCAAUGGCAGCUCUAAACCGCAGAAAAGCAUGAGAGAGCAUCACACAGGGCAAUGCUCAGCACCCAGGGAAAGCACAGGGACUCUCUAUGGGAAACAGGAUAUAAUGGUAGAAGACACACAAAUGAAGAGUCUACCUGCAGAAGCAGAAGAUCAAUGGAGCUAGUAGUUAUUUCAAGUAGACAGUAGGAGAGAUCAAGGAGUAGGAGAGCUCUGAUGAUUUUAACAGACUGAAAGACCAAGUGACUGAUAGCCACGGCGGAGCUGAGUCUGUGCCAAAUGUUUGCGUUUGUGAUUGAAAGUAGGAAAAGACAUCCUAUCAGCUUGGCUGUAGAGGGGAAAACCUCCCAGGGUCUGUAGGGUGAGGAUGAGAUAGGUUGGAACAGGCUGCCCAGAGCAGUGGUGGCUUCCCCCUCCUGGAGGUGUCCCAGGGCAGGUUGGAUGGGGCUUGGAGCAACUGGAGCCGUCGGGAGGUGUCCCUGCGCUUGGCAGGGAGGUAGAACUGGAUUGG